AAUUUAUCAUUCUGCCAUCCAGGGAACCGGGUGCGGGUUCACAGGUUCACUACAUAAGGCGUUCGUGCCGUCUCGCCUGCCUGUGCCCCGCAAUAGAUAAUUACGAUUUGUGAACUUAUUACUGCUCAACAUCCUACGUUCCUGUUAUCGAAGGCUGCAAAUCAUAAUAAAUAAUAACAUAAAAAUACUAUAAAUCGUCCGUCCGUUCAGAAGACUUGAGUGACGAUGGCGAAUCCACAUUCCGGCAUACCACAACAGCAACAGAAACCGUCUCCGGAUUCAGUUUUCUAUCAGUUCUCACCAGAAGAAACCAGAGUCAUGAACGAAUGCAACAAAGAAAGUUUUUUCCAGAGGAGCCUACCAUUAUCGCUCAUCACAGGUGCUGUUUCGUAUGCUGCGGUCAAUGCCGGUUAUUUAAAGCGGAGUGUGAAAUGGGGUCCAUGGCCUAAAGUAAUGUUUGGUGGUCUGAUUGGUUAUCUAAUUGGUAAAUAUUCUUAUCAAACAAUAUGUGCUGAGAAAUUAAUGCAGCUACCUAAUAGUGAACUUGGACGAGUUCUCAGGGAACGCAGAGGAAAAGCAAGUGGUGAACUUUUUCAAGGAAGUGUCCUUAGUCCAACUAUUGUUUCAUCUGGAACUGAUACUCCAACACUUAUGAAUGAUUACAAAUCUGAUAUGGAUAUUGAUAUGCAUAAGCCUAUGAAUUCUUUAGAUACAGAUUAUAGACCCAAUUAUGAUGGUUUACCACUUAGAAAGGAUAAUGAAAUUUCAAUGUCAAAUAUUACACCUACUUCUUAUGAUGAUCUUAGGAAUCGUAAUAGGCAAGAAUAUGAUAGAACACAACCAAAUAAAAUGGCGUAUAGGCCACCGCCUCCAUCAAAUACUCAACCAAUAUGGGAUAAUCAACCUUAUUUGCCAUCUGAUCAAACAAGGAUACCUCAACCCAGGGAAUCACGUAAUCAGUAUGGAGAUGUUGUAUAGUAAAAGAUAAACUCAUUUCCCUUUUAUUAAAUGUAAUAUAAUAUUAGUUUUGUUUGUUAUAAGUUCUAAUAAAUUUUUUUCAGCAUCUGAGAA